AUGCAAAUUAAAGGGUUGCCGCAAGUGUACGAGCAAUAUGACACGACGUUUGAAGUAGAGAACUCUCAAAAUAGUGAUGGUUUUUCUGUCAUAUCAAGCGUCGAUCAAAGUACGACUUCCAGUCGCUCUAAUAGUCCACCAAUUCAGAUUAAUAAUUCUCAAUCAAAAACCGAUUUUUUACAAGAGUUAAACUACAUUAAUGUUCAACGCACGGAAGAUGAUAAAAGUUCGAUUCCUAAAAACGAUGAUCAAGAUGAAAGUUCGAUUCCUAAAAAUAAUGAUCAAGCUGCGAUCCAUACCCAAAAUAUAAAUGUUACGCAUUCCUCAUCUACAUCACAGGAUGGUCAACUUACGAAUUCAGAUAAUUUUUCCGGCGAAGAAACUGGAUCUUCGUCUCGUGCUAAUAAUUCGCCUACUGGACUAAAUGAUGACCCGUCUAAUUAUUUCGAUGAUAUGACGGAAAUUUUAUCUGAAUUAGACAAGAAUCAGAACGAAGAAGUGCAAUCCCCUACUACAGAUCAGGUUGACGAUCAAUUUCUAAAAACAACUGACAAGUCACGCACCCAAGAGAACGUAGACGUUGAUUAUAAGAAACAUAUUCGUGCUGCUAUCGAAAGUCAUAAAUAUUAUAAAAAUGAUCCAAGCAUUAAUAUUACAUAUGGGAAAGAUCUUUCUGAAUAUAUUCCUGGCUUGUAUCGUUUAUUGGAUUUGUGUAAAGAUGAUGGUUCAAAUGGUCUUGGUAUUUAA